CGGAUUAUUACAUAUGUGAACGUGACCUUGAUAUCGUAAUUCGUUAUGAUAUCAUCCGUCAACGAGUAACGAACGUACUCGUUGGUUCGAAAUGUCAUUCGAACACCAACAAGCAAUCGUAAACGAUCGAAUUUAAGAAAAAAUGACUAACUGCAAUAAAUUAAACCUCACCCAGAAGGAAAUUAUGGCGGAUUUCAUGGCAAAGCACCCCAGUUUAGCGAAAAAUAAUCUCCCGAAUUCCGCGCAAGGCAGAGUCUCGUCCAACAGACUCUGGGAGGAGCUUUCGAGGCGAUUAAAUGCGGAAGGGCCACCAGUUAAGGAUGCUAAGAUGUGGAGGAAAGCUUUCGCAGAUCAAAAGUAUCAGGCAAAAAAGAAACUUUCUUUCAACAAGUCGUCCAAGCAGCGGACUGGUGGGGGACCCUACCAAGAAAAGGUCAUCACUGCCGCUGAAGAAAUGAUUAUUGAGGCAGCUGGCCUUGAAGUGUGUGUAGAAGGCAACAAAAGCGUACCAGCGUUCGGCAGUAGUCCGGCUACACAGGCCUCUACAAAUUCCAGUGGCAGUAAUGUGAGUAGCGACGAAGAAUCCCUCAGCUCUUUGCCUGGUCCAUCAACGGCUGUUUACACUCCCAGGGGUAGGAAAACCCCUCAAUCCAAAACUCCGCGGAAAAAAAGUGGGAGCGAUGAAAAGUUGGCGCUGCUCCAAGAAAAUGUGAAAUCCGUGUCCGACUUUCAUAGAAAUCUAGACACAAAGGUGGACAAAUUGUUGGAAACUCAAGAGAAGUUACUGUUGGUGCAAGAACGAAUGUUAGAGAUAAAAGAGGGGAAGCAUCGUAGCCAACAAGAGGCGCGCGAAAUAGAUUUACAAAUUAAAAGGUUGGAGCUGGAAACCUUACAAAUUAAUUUAAGAAAAAGUAACUGAAAAUUUGUAUUUUAGUUUUAAGAAAUAUUCCAUGGAUUAAUUUUUAAUUUAUUAGGUUUUUAUGAAAUGAUUUAUUUUUAUACACACAGUAUUUAAGGUUUUAUGGCUAAUACUAUUGCCACUUAUGUGCCUAUUGUUA